CUGCUCGCCGGACGAAACCAGGCAGCUGCAGCGAGGCCAGGCGGCGGGCAGGCAGACUCCUGGCACACCUACGCCCCUCGACCCCUGAGCCCGCUGGGCACCAUGAGCGGCCGAGUCGGGGACCUGAGCCCCCAGCAGCAGGAGGCGCUGGCCAGGUUCCGGGACAACCUCCAGGACCUGCUGCCCACCCUGCCCAACGCUGAUGAGUACUUUUUCCUGCGCUGGCUCCGAGCUCGGAACUUUGACCUGCAGAAAUCUGAGGACAUGCUCCGUAAGCACAUGGAGUUCAGAAAGCAACAGGACCUGGACAACAUCCUUUCGUGGAAGCCCUCAGAGGUGAUCCAACUGUAUGACUCUGGUGGUCUGAGUGGCUAUGACUAUGAAGGCUGCCCCGUGUGGUUCGACAUCAUUGGGACCCUUGACCCCAAGGGUCUUCUCCUGUCAGCCUCCAAGCAGGAGCUUAUCCGGAAGCGCAUCAGGGUCUGUGAGCUGCUUUUGCGGGAGUGUGAGCUGCAGAGUCAGAAGUUGGGCAGGAAGAUUGAGACGGUGCUGAUGGUGUUUGACAUGGAGGGGCUCAGCCUGAAACACCUGUGGAAACCAGCUGUAGAGGUCUACCAGCAGUUUUUUGCCAUCCUGGAAGCAAAUUAUCCUGAGACAAUAAAGAAUUUAAUUGUCAUUCGUGCCCCCAAGCUGUUCCCUGUGGCCUUCAACUUGGUCAAAUUUUUCAUGAGUGAGGAAACGCAAAGGAAGAUAGUGAUUCUGGGAGGCAACUGGAAGCAGGAGCUGCCAAAGUUCAUCAGCCCCGACCAGCUGCCCGUGGAGUUUGGGGGGACCAUGACUGACCCUGAUGGCAACCCCAAGUGCCUGACCAAGAUCAAAUACGGGGGUGAUGUGCCCAAGAGCUACUACCUGCGUAACCAGGUGAAGACACAAUAUGAGCACAUGGUGACCGUGGCCAGAGGCUCCUUCAUGCAGGUGGAGAAUGAAAUCCUGUUCCCAGGCUGUGUGCUCAGGUGGCAGUUCGCAUCAGAAGGGGCAGACAUCGGCUUUGGGGUUUUCCUGAAGACCAAGAUGAGUGAGCAGAAGCAGGAAGGGGACAUGGUGGAGGUGUUGCCCAUCCAACGCUGCAAAGCCCAUGUGGUCCCUGAGGACGGGAGCCUCACCUGCCUCAAGGCCGGUGUCUAUAUCCUGCGCUUUGACAACACCUAUAGCCUGAUGCACACCAAGAAGGUCAGCUACACCGUGGAGGUGCUGCUCCCAGACAAGGCCUCCGAGGAGAAGCUUCAGGGUCUCUAGGCGAGGAGACUAUCCCCAGCGCAGUGAAGACCCCGGCUGCCUCUGUGCCUGUGCUUUUCAACCCCAUAGCACUCCCUCCCUGUCCCCUGCCCUCCCAGGCACAGGGGCAGAGCAGGAAGGGGACACCCCAUCCAUCGGCCACACUGAGGAUUCAGACAGGCUCCUGAUCCCCUGUUUGUGGAGACCAGGGACACUAGUCCUGGGACUCACCAACACCUAGCAAUCUGGCCUGGGAACAUGUGCCUGUGCCCCGGGCCAUGCAGGGAAAGCAAAGCAUCAAGUCUGAAAGAGCAAGGACGCCCCCCGUCUCUGUACCUGGGGACUCAGUGGGUGGGGAUAGGGGCAGCUGGAGGUGGCCUGGUGAAAGAAUGGAGCCAGCUAAGUGGUAAAGUGGAGGGUCUUGGUUCUGGGAGGGCACCAAGGCCCUUUAGACUUGCCCUCCUGCCUUUGGAGGGAAGAUCAGGAAUGGAGCAUGAGGCCCAGCAGGGAUAACCAUGGCGAGGACGAGCCAUGCCUGGUCACCCAGAGUUAGAUGGGUGAAGACUGAGUCUAUCAGAAUUCUCAGUGACCCUGGCCUCCCUCUCACCACCUGCCAUGAUCCAGCUGAUAUUCAGCUUGGGUUCUUUUUGGCCCUGAGGAAGGACCAGGACCAUAGCAGAGCUGGAGGGCCAUGGAACAUGCUGGAAUAAAGUAGAAUGCGCUGAGUUAGA